AUGAAUAUUUUGAAAUUUCAAACCUUAGCAACUACUCCAGUUGUACCAGAAGCUGCUAUGAAGGAAUUCAUUCCGAAAGUAUCUGAUGAAAUUCCAAAAGGUAAAAAAAGCAAAAGAAAACAAUUGAAAAUAUUCCAGAAAAUUAUACACGAACUAGUAAGAGAAUUAAGAGUAUAG